ACGCGGUAUUAUAUAUAUAUAUAUUUUUUUUUAAUUUUAUAAUCGUGGUGUUCGGACUAGCUUUGUUAAAAUUUAUUAUAAUUUUUUUUAAGUGAUCUUUUUCUUGGUUUCUCAUUUAUGAUUCUUGGAAAGUGAAAACUUUAAAACCCCACUAGAGAAUUAUACUUAUUUGCCUUAUCUUUUUCUCUGAAUUUUGAGUUUUCUUGUUCUGCUGAUUAAGUUUGGUGUAAAGGUUGAAUCUUUUUUCCCAUUUGAGUGUUGGGAGCAAAAUGGGAGGUGUUUGUACAGGUGGGACAGGGAGGAAUAAAGCUGAAAUUCACCAUGAGAGUACCACGGGGUCUUCGAAGAAGCUAAAGUCAGUAGGGAGCAUGGGAAAGCAGAAGAAAGAGGAAUCUUUUUCGUAUCCUGAUGUGAGUGCUUUUCGUGGGACGCCUAAUCUCUAUGAUUCUGGUGAAUUGUACAUGUCGAUUUCGAGGGAGUUAAAGCCAUCGACACCUGCUAGAACAGGAGGGAACAAGGCUCCUAGCUCUUUUCUUGGCAAGGCCAGCACAGUCGGCCUAGAGAAAGCAGUAGAAGUAUUAGAUACACUCGGGAGCAGCAUGACAAAUUUGAACUCUGGAGGCUUUAUGACAGGAAUGGCGUCAAGAGGGAAUAAAAUAUCUAUUCUAGCAUUUGAGGUAGCGAAUACUAUUACCAAAGGAGCAAGUUUGUUGCAAUCUCUUUCCAAAGAAAAUGUCGAGUAUUUAAAGAAGGAAAUUCUACCUUCAAAAGGAGUGCAACAGUUGGUUUCUACUAAUAUGAAGGAGCUGCUUGCUAUUGCUGCUGCCGACAAAAGGGAGGAAUUUGAUGUUUUCUCUCGCGAAGUCAUUAGGUUUGGAGAUAUGUGUAAAGAUCCGCAAUGGCACAACCUAGAUCGAUAUUUUUCCAGGUUGGACUUGGACCCUCUUACUCAUAAACAACUAAGAUCAGAAGCCGAAUUGAUGAUGCAGGAACUGAGUGCGCUAGCUCAGCAUACUUCUGAAUUAUAUCAUGAGCUGCACGCAUUGGAUAGAUUUGAACAGGAUUAUCGGAGGAAACUUGAGGAAUUGGAUUCCUUAAAUCUACCUCGAAAAGGCGAAGGUCUCAUGAUGUUACACAGUGAGCUAAAACAUCAAAGAAAAAUUGCGAGGAGCUUGAAAAAGAAAUCUCUUUGGGCCAAGGGUUUGGAGGAGGUUGUGGAGAAGCUUGUUGACAUUGUUACUUAUAUACAUCAAGCAAUUGUGGAAGCAUUUGGGGACAAUGGAUUGACAUCUGCUGGCAAGGAGCCUGCCAAGCGACAAGAAAGACUGGGAGUAGCUGGUCUUGCUUUACACUAUGCUAACUUGAUUACUCAAAUCGAUAACAUUGCAUCACGGCCCACCUCUCUUCCCCCUAACAUGAGGGAUGGAUUAUAUAAUGGAUUACCUCCCUCCAUAAAAACAGCCCUUCGUUCACGUCUGCAGGCAGUUGAUGCAAAGGAAGAGCUCACGAUAGCUCAGAUUAAAGCAGAGAUGGAAGAAACUCUCCAGUGGCUUGUCCCAGUAGCCGCAGACACUACAAAAGCAUACCAAGGCUUUGGAUGGGUUGGAGAGUGGGCUAAUACCGGAAGCGAGUUUGGAAAGAAGAACCCUCCACAAGUUACCCUCAUUAGACUGCAGACACUCUACCAUGCUGACAAACAGAAAAUGGACUACCAUGUUCUCGAGCUAGUGACAUGGCUUCACCGUCUGAUCAGCCUGGUAAGGUUUAACGGCCCCAAGGCUUUCCCAGGACGAUCACCAACACGCAAAGGAUUUAAUCUGCAGACCGAGGUGACAAACACUAGCUCAAAAACAUCUAAGGUCCAGAUUUCUCUCGAAGAUAGAAACUUACUAGAGAAGGUGAUGAAACGGAAAUGUGUGCUUCCCGGAAGAAGCAAAAGCCAGGAAUUUCUGUUGCCCAAGAAUCGGAAAAAGGUGUGGGCGCUAAGUAGAAGCAUGGGUAACUCCCCUCGUACCGACUUUCAACAUCCAAAGGCUAAUGUUUUGGAUAUAUUAGAUGGCUUAGAUUCAGCAUUUUAAGUUGCUAAAGAAAAGCAGAAAAAAAGUUCAUUUUUUGUUUUCUUGAUUCUUAGCUCCCUCCUUCUCUGGAACAGCAGCCUCUUUGUAUAUAUAAUCUCCAUCAUAUGGUGAUUGGGAAAUUGUAAUACUGUAGCAUAUUAUUAUUAUUGUUAUCAUCAAAACACAUUUAGAUUCUAGUGGAAGUGGAUGUUCAAAGGGUGAUAGAAAAUGUUGUUUUAUUUGGGCAUUUUGUUGCCUGACUUUACUAAAAUUGUUGAAAUUUGCUGUGAAUGUCUUGAUAAUAUGAAGUAUAUUUAUGUC